UUCCUUUCCAUCCCGCGAUCUUUUCAUCCAUCCGAACAUCUCCGGGUACGUUUUCCUAUUCAGGCGUCAGUGAGGAGACCACACUCGCUAUCCUUCUUCGUCUCGAUUCGCGCGAGGGGACUAGACCCCAGCGAUGGCAGCCGAGACGCUUCCUUACGAAAACGGCGUCGUUGCCAACGGAGAUCUGAGCACCACCUCCAAUUCCGGCGCCGCCGCUACGAAGUCGCGGGAGAGCGAGCGCAGGCGUCGCCGCCGGAAGCAGAAGAAGAACAACAAGGCCUCGCAGGAGCCGGAGUCUAAUGCCGCUGAAGAUGGCGAGGCGGCAGAUACAGCCGAUGACGACGCGAAGGAGAAUACGGAUCCACAACAGGUUGUUGAAAAUGUUGAAGUUGAGUACGUUCCUGAGAAGGCAGAGCUAGAUGAAGGUUUGGAUGAAGAAUUUAGAAAAAUAUUUGAGAAGUUUAGUUUCACUGAUGCUACUGGCACUGAGGAUAAUGAUCAGAAGGACGAGUCAGCAGAAAAUGCUGCUGCUACUAAGAAGGCUGAUUCUGAUUCUGAAGAGGAAGAAAAUGAUAAUGAGCAAAAAGAGAAAGGCGUCUCAAACAAGAAGAAAAAGCUUCAACGACGGAUGAAGAUUGCUGAAUUAAAACAAAUUUGCUCAAGGCCCGAUGUUGUUGAGGUGUGGGAUGCUACUGCAGCAGAUCCAAAGUUGCUCGUGUUCUUAAAAUCAUAUCGAAAUACUGUUCCUGUACCAAGGCAUUGGUGUCAGAAGAGGAAAUUUUUGCAGGGAAAACGAGGUAUUGAGAAACAACCCUUUCAGCUUCCUGAUUUUAUUGCUGCCACCGGAAUUGAAAAAAUCAGACAGGCCUACAUUGAGAAAGAGGAUAGUAAGAAGUUGAAGCAAAAGCAAAGGGAGCGGAUGCAACCAAAAAUGGGAAAAAUGGACAUUGACUAUCAGGUUCUUCAUGAUGCAUUCUUUAAAUAUCAGACUAAGCCAAAGCUGACAAGCCUAGGGGACCUGUACCAUGAGGGAAAAGAAUUUGAGGUAAAGUUGAGGGAGAUGAAACCUGGCCUUUUGUCCCAUGACCUGAAGGAGGCUCUCGGUAUGCCUGAGGGUGCUCCACCUCCAUGGCUUAUAAAUAUGCAGAGAUAUGGUCCUCCACCAUCAUACCCUCAUCUUAAGAUCCCCGGUUUGAAUGCUCCUAUUCCUCCUGGAGCUAGUUUUGGUUAUCAUCCUGGUGGAUGGGGCAAGCCUCCUGUUGAUGAAUAUGGGCGUCCUCUUUAUGGAGAUGUUUUCGGUGUUCAUCAACAAGAACAACCUAACUAUGAGGAGGAACCAGUUGAUAAGACCAAACACUGGGGUGACUUGGAGGAGGAGGAAGAGGAAGAGGAGGAGGAGGAAGAAGAGGAGGAGGAGCAGGAAAUGGAGGAGGAGGAGCUUCAGGAUGGUAUUCAAUCUGUUGAUAGUCUUUCAAGUACUCCCACUGGAGUGGAGACACCUGAUGUUAUUGACCUUCGUAAGCAGCAGAGGAAGGAACCUGAGAGACCUCUUUAUGAAGUACUUGAAGAGAAGGAAGAAAGAAUUGCUCCAGGAACUUUACUUGGAACCACCCACACGUAUGUGGUCAAUACUGGCGCCCAGGACAAGUCAGCUGCUAAAAGGGUUGAUUUGCUUAGGGGUCAGAAGACGGAUAAGGUGGAUGUUACUUUACAGCCGGAAGAGUUGGAAGCUAUGGAAAAUGUUUUGCCUGCAAAGUAUGAGGAAGCGAGGGAGGAAGAGAAGUUGCGGAGUCAGCGUGAAGAUUUUAGUGAUAUGGUUGCAGAGAAUGCCAAGAAGAGGAAGAGGAAGAUGCAAGAGAAGGAGGGGAAGUCCAAGAAGAAAGACUUCAAAUUUUAGGCGUGGUAUUUGUGUCUGUUUCUUUAGAGGGAAAUGAGGAGCUUGCCAUUCUCUAUUCUGGCAUUCUCAUUUGAGGUGGGCUGUGGCAUCAAGCGCCUGUGUAUCAAAUGUUACUUUAUUUUGGGCACUGAUGUAUCAAAUGUUAAUGGAAGCAAUAGUUUAGUGGAGACUAAGAUGUACUAGAAUGAACCGGAAGUUGCGUGCAGUGUUGUGGCCUUGACGAGACAAGCUAGGUGGUUAUAAUUAGAAUUACUAGUGUGACGUGGGUGUUGGAGAAGCCCUCGUCUCUUAGGAGUUAUAUUUGCGUUGGGUUAGUCGUGGCUCAAGCUGGUACCAGAACUUGUGCGCUUCUACCUUUUGUAAACUAAUAAUGUGAUAUCUAAUUCACAUGCUUCGCAUUAGUGUUUGGU